GUUGUGAACCCCUUGUCUUCAGAGAUGACAUGCUGAGGGUAAGAUGCAUAGCAUUUUAGGCCGAAGGGGGACUGUAAAGAGCCAGGAACCAUUGUGGUCCGAUCCCAAUAAAGGAAAGGAAGUCAGUGAGAGAGAGGGAGAGAGAGAGAGC